AUCCCAAAUCCCACUGGUUUCUAGCUGCUGGCUGAGGCUCACCGAUUCCACAAACAAUGGCCUCCUACUCACUGCUUCUCAUUUGGUUGGCUGGCAUGGUGUAUCUCAUUGAAGCUGCACCACUGGGUUCCCAUGGCUCCAUCGAUUCUAAGUGCCCUCUUAUGGUGAAAGUUCUGGAUGCAGUUAGAGGAAGCCCGGCUAUCAGCAUAGCAGUAAAAGUGUCCAAAAUGGGUGAGGAUGGAGACUGGAAGGAUUUUGCUAAUGGGGAAACCAAUGAAUUUGGGGAAAUCCAUGAGCUUACAACAGAUGAACUAUUUGUACGAGGUUUGUACAAGGUGGAGUUUGACACCAGAUCUUACUGGAAGGCAAUUGGCAUUUCUCCAUUUCAUGAACAUGCUGAUGUAGUUUUCAAUGCUAACGAUUCUGGUCACCGUCAUUAUACCAUUGCUGCUCUUCUUAGCCCCUACUCUUAUUCAACCACAGCUGUUGUCAGCGACCCAAAGGAAUGAGACCAUAGAUUAUCCCUACAAAGUUCUCCCUACUGUUCCACUGUUGUAGGAUUAUCUUAAAGACAGUUAAAGUGUAAUCAAUGGCUUGUUUGCUAGAGUAGCAUCUAUAACCGACAUCUUGGCUAAAACAUUUUGAAAUGCAUCAAUAAAUGUUUCUUCUUUAAACAG